GGGGCUCCAUUGGCUCCAUUCAGGGAUCCAAACACCGGCACGCCUAUCCAGCGUUAGUGUCGUGGCUUUCGUGUCCAUAUAAAAACUGGGACUGUUGUCAGGUUUUCAGCAUACUCGACCUCACCAAGUGCCCCGCCAUGUCUUCGUCUCCUCGCUACUUCGUCCUCCCUGACCUCUUCGCUCUCUGCCCCUUCAGGCCUUCUACAAGCCCCCACUACGCCAAAGCCGCAGCGGAGUCAUCAGCAUGGAUCAACGCUUACAAUGUCUUCACCGACACAAAGCGGGCCUACUUCAUCCAGGGGUGCAACGAGCUACUCGUCUCCUACACCUACCCGAACGCCGACUACGAACAAUUCCGCACCUGCUGCGACUUCGUAAACCUUCUGUUUGUCGUCGAUGAAGUCAGUGACGAGCAGAACGGUGCCGACGCCCGUUCCACUGGCGAAAUUUACCUGAAGGUCAUGCGUGACCCGACCUGGGACGACGGCUCCACCUUGGCUAAAAUGACCAGAGAAUUCAGGGCCCGGUUGAUUCAAUUCGCGGUCCCGGGCUGCAUGCGCCGCUUCUUGAAACAUUGCGAGGACUACAUCGACGCAGUGGCUAAAGAGGCCGAGUACCGCGAGCGCGGAGUGGUCCUCGACAUGGCCUCCUUCGAAACGCUGCGCCGUGAGAACAGUGCCAUCCGCCUGUGCUUCGGCCUGUUUGAAUUCUGCUUCGGUCUCGACCUCCCGGACGAAGUCUUCAAUGAUCCGACGUUCAUGGCUUUGUAUUGGGCUGCUGCGGACAUGGUUUGCUGGUCCAACGACGUCUACUCCUACAAUAUGGAGCAGGCGAAGGGCAUCGGCGGAAACAACAUUGUCACAGUGCUCAUGCACGACAAGGGCGUCGACUUGCAAACCGCUGCCGAUCUUGUGGGAGAUCAUUUCAAGGCCUUCAUGGCCCGCUUCCUGGAAGCCAAGUCCCAGCUCCCUAGCUGGGGCCCUGCCGUCGACCGGGCGGUCCGCAAGUAUACAACGGCCAUGGAGCAUUGGGUCGUUGGCAAUUUGGAGUGGAGCUUCGAGACUCAACGCUACUUCGGGCCGUUACACACUGAAAUCAAACGCACUCGCGUCGUGCGCGUACGCCCUCGGGAGAUAGAUUGUUAAGUGUCGCCUCCCUCCGACGCGCCGCUGUCAAGCCCUGAAAGCCUGAUACGGCGUGACAUACGCAUGUCGUAUUUAUUGUGUCCCAGCGUCCUGAUCUGCAUCUUGAAUACGUAUUAUACUUCCCACUAGUUCCACACAAAUGAAAUGCUAUGCUUUCAUUGAAAUGCUC